GUGCUGCUGUUGUGACCUGCUGCAGUUUAGUUCACGAAAUAUUUAUAGCUGGUUAAGAAAAAAUAAAAUAAAAAUCGGGGAUAAUAUGACAUUAUUUUGAAACUGCAGGCAAAUGUGUCCUUGAGGAGGCCGCGCACAGAGUGACCUAGCGGAGGUCAUCAUGGAUUAGCCGUAGCCGAGUGGGUUUCUGACUGACAGCAAGAACUGGGACAAGGGACUUUGGUGCUACAAACGUUAGCUAGCAGCUAAAUCAACUUAGCCUAGACGUUUUGAAUCAGCUUUUGCGGCAGAGACAGGUAUUAUGCAAAUUCAUGACAAGCCCUUCUGUGUGUGUCGCUUGAUGUGUUGUCUUCCUCUGGCCACCCGCUCACUUUAUAUGGCUGUGUUUUCUUAGUUGUUGUUGUGUAGCGUUGGCGUUAGCCCUCAGCUGUCGUUGGCUGCUGCUAGCUAAUGUGUAGCUAUAGUUAUUGCCUCCCAGUGGUGGAAAAAGUAUUCAAAUCUUUUAACGAUUCCUUGGGUAGUUUGAGGUCUUUGAGAGAUUCCCAGGGCAGCAUGGCUCCCAAAGACAUCAUGACCAACUCCCAUGCCAAAUCCAUCCUCAAUGCAAUGAACUCACUUCGCAAGAGCAACACACUCUGCGAUAUCACUCUGAGGGUGGAAAACACUGAUUUUCCAGCUCACCGGAUUGUCUUGGCUGCUUGCAGUGACUACUUUUGUGCCAUGUUCACCAGCGAGCUUGCAGAGAAGGGGAAAUCUUUCGUCGACAUUCAGGGGCUCACAGCAUCGACCAUGGAGAUCCUGUUGGACUUUGUCUACACAGAGACAGUUCUAGUCACAGUGGAAAAUGUACAAGAACUGCUCCCAGCUGCAUGUCUACUUCAGCUUAAGGGGGUGAAAAGAGCAUGCUGUGAUUUUUUGGAGAGUCAGCUUGAUCCCUCCAACUGUCUGGGUAUUCGCGACUUUGCCGAAACUCACAAUUGCCUUGACCUGAUGCAGGCCGCCGAGCUUUUUUCACAAAAGCAUUUCUCCGAGGUGGUGCAGCAUGAGGAGUUUAUGCUGCUCAGCCAGACAGAAGUGGAAAAGCUAAUAAAGUGUGAUGAAAUCCAGGUGGACUCAGAGGAACCGGUAUUUGAAGCCGUGUUAAACUGGGUCAAACACAACCGCAAAGAGCGAGAGCCCUAUCUGCCAGACAUGCUCGAGUUUGUUCGAAUGCCGCUGCUGACCCCGCGCUACAUAACAGAUGUCAUUGAUGCUGAGCCCCUCAUUCGGUGUAGCCUGCCAUGUCGAGACCUCGUUGAUGAAGCCAAGAAAUUCCACUUAAGACCGGAGCUGAGGAGUGAAAUGCAGGGCCCACGCACACAAGCCAGAUUAGGUGCCAAAGAAGUCCUGUUGGUUAUAGGUGGGUUUGGCAGCCAACAAUCACCAAUAGACAUAGUUGAGAAAUACGAUCCAAAAACUCAAGAAUGGAGCUUUCUUCCUAACAUUGCACGGAAAAGACGUUACGUCGCCACAGUGUCUCUCCACGAUCGAGUUUAUGUGAUCGGAGGAUACGACGGUCGGUCGCGGCUCAGCUCCGUGGAGUGCCUGGACUACACAGCGGACGAGGAUGGUGUUUGGUACACCGUCGCCACCAUGAAUGUGCGCCGCGGCCUCGCAGGGGCCACGACACUCGGAGACAUGAUCUAUGUUGCCGGAGGGUUCGAUGGUAGUCGUCGUCACACCAGCAUGGAGCGAUAUGACCCAAACAUUGACCAGUGGAGCAUGCUGGGAGAUAUGCAAACGGCUAGAGAAGGAGCUGGUCUGGUGGUGGCCAGUGGACUCAUAUACUGUCUCGGUGGAUACGAUGGGCUAAAUAUCCUGAAUUCAGUGGAGCGGUAUGAUCCACACACAGGCCACUGGACGAGCGUGACGCCCAUGGCCACCAAGCGGUCAGGGGCUGGUGUGGCUUUACUCAAUGACCACAUCUAUGUAGUGGGAGGCUUUGAUGGUGUUUCACACCUCGACUCUGUGGAGGUCUACAACAUCAGAACAGACUAUUGGACCACUGUAGCCAGUAUGACAACUCCUCGAUGUUACGUAGGAGCAACCGUUCUCCGCGGACGUCUCUACGCCAUCGCUGGAUAUGAUGGGAACUCACUUCUCAGCAGUAUCGAAUGUUACGAUCCGGUUAUCGACUCUUGGGAGGUUGUUACCUCGAUGGCGACGCAGCGGUGUGAUGCAGGCGUCUGUGUUCUACGUGAAAAGUGAUCUUUGCCAAGAACAAGAGCCACAAGAGAAAAAGCAGGAGUCAGGAGGACAGGCAGCUAGGCUUUGCUAAAAUGCCACUACAACAGAGCCACAAAAAAAAAAAAAAAAAAGUGCAGCAGUUUGGGUUUCCAUCU